CUGGUGGGGGAGGGAGGGGACUUGGAGGUGGGGGAUUGCACUGGGCUGGUGUCUAUAGGGGCUCCAUUCAGACGAUUCACUCUAACUUCUGCCAUCCUGCUCAGAGAGGGGGAGGGAGGGAGAGAGAGAGAGGGGGGGGGGGAUAGAGAGAGAGAGAGAGAGGGGGGGGGGGGGGGACGUUGAAUACGGUCCAUAUGAGUCUAACCUCAUCCCCAGGUUAAUUGCUACCGCACGUAGAGAGAUCUGGCUGGUAAACGAGACUAAUAUGACUAACUUCAUCCUAAUGACUUAGUUUCUCUGUUUGUCUGUCUGUCUCACUGUGGUUUCUCCUGUCUGUCUGUCUGUCUGUCCAUGGUUUUUCCUGUCUGUCUGUCUCACCAUGGUUUCUCAUGUCUGUCUCACCAUGGUUUCUCCUCCUCUGCUUCAGACUGGGGUUCACUGCAUCUCUGCAUCCAGCUGGCAUCUCCCUUCAGCUUGGUCCGAACCUUAGUGGCCCUGAACACUGAUGCUCUGUCCCCCUCUGAAACACAAACAAACACAGUGCACACGUUAGACAUAAACACACACACACACACGCACGCACAAAUGCACAUAAUAAAAAACAAUCACACACACACGCCAUCUGAAUAAGAACACACCUUCAUGAUACAUACUUCACAUUGAGCACACAGAUGGAAUGGAGGAAACUAUUUUGUAAUAAACAUGGUAUCCAUCACCUCAUCCCAUUGGCAUGAAGUUGAUCUACUACCACACCUUACAAUGGUAGGAAACACACUAUCACACACUCAUCAUAUUGAAAUCCCCUCAGUCAGUCAGUCAGUAACCCAGUAAACUCACCUUUUGACAUAGUCGUCCGUUUGUAAUCUGGUUCCUAUGACUCCUCUACUGGCUCCCUGAGUACCACAGACAGCAGAACAGACACAGGUUAGUAAGAGAGGUCCGGUCCACAAACAACCCCUAGUCUCUGUCCCACUUGGUCUUUGUGUAUAUCUGAUAGGAUUGGAUCUCUUGGUGUACAGUAUUGGUAUAGGUGCUGGACUGACACACUCAGGGUUGCAGGUUAGAGGCCCAUUGGGGCUACCCCUCUAGUUUGUUCUAGAACUGUUAAAUCUCGGUCAAAAGGAGGGCCACAGUAUCCCUCACCUCCCUUAAGGAACAGGAACAUGUGAUAGGCAUUCCACAGUCAUCCUUCAACUAUGCAGGUGAGCCGGUCCUACCACUUUCUGCCAAACUACCAAACAUACCCUCUGUCAGCCAAAGAUAGAUGGACACACAAGCAUGAACGCACACACACACGCAUGCACACACACACACACACACACAAACUGGAGCAAACAUAAUUUCUCAACGUAGGGUCUUAGAAGCAGGGUUCGAGAUGUUCAUGAAAACCUUGUCUGCUUGCUCUUUCUCCCACACACAGUGCAUUCGGAAAGUAUUCAGACCCUUUGACUUUUUCCACAUUUUGUUACAGACUUAUUCUAAAAUGGAUUCAAUACUUUUUUUCCCCUCAGCAAUCUACACACAAUACCCCAUAAUAACAAAGCGAAAAUAGGUUUUUAGAAUUUUUUUGCAAAUGUAUUAAAAAUAAAAAACAGAAAUACCUUAUUUACAUAAGUAUUCAGACCCUUUGCUAUGAGACUCGACAUUUAUCUCAGGUGCAUCCUGUUUACAUUGAUCAUCCUUGAGAUGUUUCUACUACUUGAUUGGAGUCCACCUGUGGUAAAUUAAAUUGAUUGGACAUGAUUUGGAAAGGCACACACCUGUCUAUAUAAGGUCCCACAGUUGACAGUGCAUGUCAGAGCAGAAACCAAGCCAUGAGGUCAAAAGAAUUGUCCGUAGAGCUCCAAGACAGGAUUGUUUCGAGGCACAGAUCUGAGGAAGGGUACCAAACAAAUUCUGCAGGAUUGAAGGUCCCCGAGAACACAGUGGCUUCCAUCAUUCUUAAAUGCAAGAAGUUUGGAACCACCAAGACUCUUCCUAGAGCUGGCCGCCCGGCCAAACUGAGCAAUCGGGGGAGAAGGGCCUUGGUCAGGGAGGUGACCAAGAACCCGAUGGUCACUCUGACAGAGCUCUAGAGUUACUCCGUGAAGAUGGGAGAACCUUCCAGAAGGACAACCAUCUCUGCAGCACUCUACCAAUCAGGCCUUUAUGGUAGAGUGGCCAGACAGAAGCCACUCCUCAGUAAAAGGCAUAUAACAGCCUGCUUUGAGUUUGCCAAAAAGCACCUAAAGACUCUCAGACCAUGAGAAACAAGAUUCUCUGGUCUGAUGAAACCAAGAUUAAACUCUUUGGCCUGAAUGCCAAGCGUCACAUCUGGAGGAAACCUGGCACCAUCCCUACAGUGAAGCAUGGUGGUGACAGCAUCAUGCUGUGGGGAUGUUUUUCAGCGGCUGGGACAGGGAGACUAGUCAGGAUCGAGGCAAAGAUGAACGGAGCAAAGUACAGAGAGAUCCUUGAUGAAAACCUGCUCCAGAGCACUCAGGACCUCAGACUGGGGUGAAGGUUCAACUUCCAACAGGACAACAACCCUAAGCACACAGCCAAGAUAAUACAGGAGUGGCUUUGGGACAAGUCUCUGAAUGUCCUUGAUUGGCCCAGCCAGAGCCCAGACUUGAACCCGAUCAAACAUCUCUAGAGAGACCUGAAAAUAGCUGUGCAGCGACGCUCCCCAUCCAACCUGACAGAGCUUGAGAGGAUCUGCAGAGGGGAAUGGGAGAAACUCCCCAAAUACAGGUGUGCCAAGCUUGUAGCGUCAUACCCAAGAAGACUCGAGGCUGUAAUCGCUGCCAAAGGUGCUUCAACAAAGUACUAAGUAAAAGGUCUGAAUACUUAUGUAAAUGUGAUAUUUCUAAAAACCUGUUUAAGUUGGAAGUUUACAUACACUUAGGUUGGAGUCAUUAAAACUUGUUUUUCAACCACUCCACAAAUGUAUUGUUAACAUUUACAUUUUACAGAUGCUCUUAUCCAGAGCGACUUACAGUCAGUGAGUGCAUACAUUCUUAUUUUAUUUUUUUCAUACUGGCCCCCCGUGGGAAUCGAACCCACAACCCUGGCGUUGCAAACGCCAUGCUCUACCAACUGAGCUACAUCCCUGCCGGCCAUUCCCUCCCCUACCCUGGACGACUCUGGGCCAAUUGUGCACCGCCCCAUGGGUCUCCUGGUCGCGGCCGGCUACGACAGAGCCUGGAUUUGAACCAGGAUCUCUAGUGGCACAGCUAGCACUGCGAUGCAGUGCCUUAGACCACUGCGCCACUCGGGAGAUUGACUAUAGUUUUGGCAAGUCAGUUAGGACAUCUACUUUGUGCAUGACACAAGUCAUUUUUCCAACAAUUGUUUACAGACAGAUUAUUUCACUUAUAAUUAAUUGUAUCACAAUUUCACUAAGUUGACUGUGCCUUUAAACAGCUUGGAAAAUUCCAGAAAAUUAUGUCAUGGCUUUAGAAGCUUCUGAUAGGCUAAUUGACAUAAUUUGAGUCAAUUGGAGGUGUACCUGUGGAUGUAUUUCAAGGCCUACCUUCAAACUCAGUGCCUCUUUGCUUCACAUCAUGGGAAAAUCAAAAGAAAUCAGCCAAGACCUCAGAAAAAAAAUUGUAGACCUCCACAAGUCUGGUUCAUCCUUGGGAGCAAUUUCCAAAUGCCUGAAGGUACCACAUUCAUCUGUACCAACAAUAGUAUGCAAGUAUAAACACCAUGGGACCACGCAGCCGUCAUACCGCUCAGGAAGGAGACGCGUUCUGUCUCCUAGAGAUUAACGUACUUUGGUGCGAAAAGUGCAAAUCAAUCCCAGAACAACAGCAUAGGACCUUGUGAAGACGCUGGAGGAAACAGGUACAAAAGUAUCUAUAUCCACAGUAAAACGAGUCCUAUAUCGACAUAACCUGAAAAGCAGCUCAGCAAGGAAGAAGCCACUGCUCCACAACCGCCAUAAAAAAUCCAGACUACGGUUUGCAACUGCACAUGGGGACAAAGAUCGUACUUUUUGGAGAAAUAUCCUCUGGUCUGAUGAAACAAAAAUAGAACUGUUUGGCCAUAAUGACCAUCGUUAUGUUUGGAGGAAAAAGGGGGUAACUUGCAAGCCGAAGAACACCAUCCCAACCGUGAAGCACGGGGGUGGUAGCAUCAUGCUGUGGGGGUGCUUUGCUGCAGGAGGGACUGGUGCACUUCACAAAAUAGAUGGCAUCAUGAGGAAGGAAAAUUAUGUGGAUAUAUUGAAGCAACAUCUCAAGACAUCAGUCAGGAAGUUAAAGCUUGGUCGCAAAUGGGUCUACCAAAUGGACAAUGACCCCAAUCAUACUUCCAAAGUUGUGGCAAAAUGGAUUAAGGACAACAAAAUCAAGGUAUUGGAGUGACCAUCACAAAGCCCUGACCUCAAGCCUAUAGAACAUUUGUGGGCAGAACUGAAAAAGCGUGUGCGAGCAAGGAGGCCUACAAACCUGACUCAGUUACACCAGCUCUGUCAGGAGGAAUGGGCCAAAAUUCACCCAACUUAUUGUGGGAAGCUUGUGGAAGGCUUCCCGAAACGUUUGACCCAAGUUAAACAAUUGAAAGGCAAUGCUACCAAAUACUAAUUGAGUGUAUGUAACUUCUGACCCACUGGGAAUGUGAUGAAAGAAAUAAAAGCUUAAAUAAAUCAUUCUCUCUACUAUUAUUCUGACAUUUCACAUUCUUAAAAUAAAGUGGUGAUCCUAACUGACCUAAAACAGAGAAUUUUUACUAGGAUUAAAUGUCAGGAAUUGUGAAAAACUGAGUUUAAAUGUAUUUGGCUAUGGUGUAUGUAAACUUCCGACUUCAACUGUGUGUAUAUAUAUAUAUAUAUACACAGCUGCGGGAAAAAAUUGAGACCACUGCAAAAUUAUCAGUUUCUCUGGUUUUACUAUUUAUAGGUAUGUGUUUGGGUAAAAAUAACAUUUUUGUUUUAUUCUAUAAACUACUGACAACAUUUCUCCCAAAUUCCAAAUAAAAACAUUGUCAUUUAGAGCAUUUAUUUGCAGAAAAUUACAACUGGUCAAAAUAACAAAAAAAUAUGUAGUGUUGUCAGACCUCGAAUAAUGCAAAGAAAAUAAGUUCAUGUAAAUUUUUAAACAACACAAUACUAAUGUUUUAACUUAGGAAGAGUUCAGAAAUCAAUAUUUGGUGGAAUAACCCUGAUUUUCAAUCACAGCUUUCAUGCGUCUUGGCAUGCUCUCCACCAGUCUUUCACAUUGAUGUUGGGAGAUUGGGCUGGCCAUGACAGGGUCUUGAUCUGGUGGUCCUCCAUCCACAUCUUGAUUGACCUGGCUGUGUGGCAUGGCGCAUUGUCCUGCUGGAAAAACCAAUCCUCAGAGAUGGGGAACAAUGUCAGAGCAAAAGGAAGCAAGUUUUCUUCCAGGACAACCUUGUACGUGGCUUGAUUCAUGCGUCCUUCACAAAGACAAAUCUGCCCGAUUCCAGCCUUGCUGAAGCACCCCCAGAUCAUCACCGAUUCUCCAACAAAUUUCACAGUGGGUGCGAGACACUGUGGCUUGUAGGCCUCUCCAGGUCUCUGUCUAACCAUUAGACGACCAGGUGUUGGGCAAAGCUGAAAAUUGCACUCAUCAGAGAAGAUGACCAUAAUCCAGUCCUCUACGGUCCAAUCAUUAUGGUCUUUUGUAAACCUCAGCCUGACUCUUCUUUGCUUCUCAUUGAUGAAGGGCUUCUUUCUAGCUUUGCAUGACUUCAGCCCUGCCCCUAGGAGCCUGUUUCGAACCGUCCUCGCCGUGCACUUCACCCCAGCUGCCGUUUGCCAUUCUUUUUGUAGGUCACUUGAUGUCAUCCUACGGUUGUUGAGUGACAUUCGAAUGAGUUGGCGGUCAUCCUGGUCAGUAGAGAGUCGUUUUCGCCCUCUGCCGGUCAGUAGCUUUGUUGUCUCCAGUGUCUGCUGCUUGACUUUGUUCUUGUUCUUAUGAACCGCCACAUUGAAAUUCUAAGGAUGGAAGCAACCUGACGCUCACUGUAACCAUCUGCCAGUAAAGCCAGAAUUGAACCCUUCUUUUCCUCACUCAAAACUUUCCUUUUCAACUCUUUUGGCAUGGUCAAUAGUUAUUUUUUGAUUAAUAUUACUUUUGAGGUACUAUUAGCACUGUUUUUGCCAUCCAACUGGUCCUAUUGCAAGAGGAUAGUGAUGACCACAGCAGUGGUUUUUAUACUUUUCCUCGUUAAAUAAGAUUUGGUUCAUGUGAUCAUCUAAUCAGUACCUAAUUCAGUAGAAUGAGGUGUGCCUGUGUUGGAAUUCAACAGCCACUGGAAUGGAAUGGCUGUCAUACAUGUAGAGAUGCUGAUUUAAGAAAAAUGUACAGUGGUCUCUUAAUUUUUUCCACAGCUGUGUAUAUAUAUAUAUAUAUAUUACACAAUUCACAUUAAACACAAACGGCUAACUCACAUUUCUCCUCAGGAAGCAAAUUAAAAUUGUAAUAAAACGUUGUUAAGAUUUUUCCUUAUCUAAACGACAUGCAAAGUUAACCUUAUGCAAAAUAAAAUGGAGUGCUGCCAAAUUCACUGUGCAAAUGACCUCCCAGUGGUAAAAUGUAAAUCCUGAGGCAGUGGAAUCGCUCUUUCCGAAUAUCUUCUGGCGGUGAUGACAGACCAACUAGACUGAAGACAGGCAUAGAUACUGUAUCGAUCAUACAUGAUACACACCAUACAUUUUACAUGAUACACACCACCAGCGCACACACACACACACACGUUAAAUGAUCAAUGAUAAAGCUACGGUAAGGGAGUAGCAGGAUGGAAACUCUUCUGACAGACAGACUGACAACCAUGGAAACAAGGCAGAGAGAAUAAUGGUUCUGAGAGGACAGACAGACUGACAACCAUCACACGUCUGUCAGGGUCUGAGGAGUUAGCAUAGCAUAAACAGUUAACAUAACAUAAACAGUUAGCAAAGAAUAGGAUUGAUUAUAUAUGAUCUAUGCUGAUUCAAAAAGAGAGGGUCAAGAGAGAGAGAAUCCACAUUCUAAGCCCUGACAAACGUGGCACAAACUAACCUCAUAAAGUAACAGGAGUAAAAAAAAGUACCUACUUUCACUGGAUACUGUAUCCACAGACUGUCUCCCAAACUGUAGAGAAUCCCACACAGUAGAUUGAGAGCAGGUGAGAGAGAACAGUAUAGGUCAAGACUGAUAGGUGUUGGAACAGGUACGGGCGUGGACACAGACUAGCUCAGCCAGUCAGAGGCUAUGCCACCCCCCAGGGUGGGUGGGUGUGUAGGGGGGGGGGUGUGUGUGUGUAGGGGUGUGUGUGUGUGUUUGUGUAGGAGUGUGUGUGUGUGUGUGUGUUUGUGUAGGGGGUGUGUGUGUGUGUGUGUGUAGGGGUGGGUGUGUGUGUGUGUGUUUGUGUAGGGGGGGUGUGUGUGUGUGUGUAGGGGUGUGUGUGUGUGUUUGUGUGUGUUUGUGUAGGAGUGUGUGUGUGUUUGUGUGUGAGUGUGUAGGGUGUGUGUGUGUGUGUGUGUGUGUGUGUGUGUGUGUGUGGGGUGUGUGGGUGUGUGUGUGUGUGUGUGUGUAGGGGUGUGUGUGUGUGUGUGUGUGUGUGUGUGUGUGUAGGGUUGUGUGUGUGUGUGUGUAGGGUUGUGUGUGUGUGUGUUUGUGUGUGGGUGUGUGUGUAGGGGUAAGAAGUGAGUUUCAUUUAUCACUUAUUUCCCUCUCUUUUAUCACAUACCUGAGAGCCUGGUGAGCAGGAACAUACCUGGCAUAACACACACACACGUUGGGUCCUAGAAGACUGUUUCUCUCAUGCUUACUGGAUAGGGAGACACAGUGCACGCAUCAUCAGAAAGAGACAGAGACAUCAACACAUCUGAGAACAGUGACUGUAGCUAUUCUCUAACAGAGACAUCAACACAUCUGAGAACAGUGACUGUAGCUAUUCUGUAACAGAGACAUCAACACAUCUGAGAACAGUGACCGUAGCUAUUCUCUAACAGAGACAUCAACACAUCUGAGAACAGUGACCGUAGCUAUUCUCUAACAGAGACAUCAACACAUCUGAAAACAGUGACCGUAGCUAUUCUCUAACAGAGACAUCAACACAUCUGAGAACAGUGACCGUAGCUAUUCUCUAACAGAGAGAUCAACACAUCUGAGAACAGUGACUGUUCAGUGACUAUUCUCUAACAAUUGGGUCACACUUUAAAGUCUACUGUCCUUCAAAGUGUUUCACAAUCCCAAAGCAAACACCAGGACUGCUAUUUGCUUUGUAACGUUACAAGUUCAAUAAGCCUCUCUAUUUAUCUUUCAAACUACAGCCAAUUAUGUUCUAGCCACAUUAAAACAUGCCUCAUCUUGAUAGGGUCUGUUUAAGUUAAUAGCGGUCUGUUGAAAGACAGACCUGGGUAACACUUUCAGAGUCAGCUGACCUAUGAAUGGGUAAACCAUGGGACCUUGAGGUGCAGACGUAGGCAGAACAGGGUGCUAGCUCACAGAUGAGUGUGUGUGUGUGGACACUUUCUCAGAGCACCUGCGUACUCCAACAUCUACCAUCUGCUCCAAAGCACAGUUGUCAAUAGCAACAUAAUAAAUGAACACAGUUGUCAAUAGCAACAUAAUAGAUUAACUCUGAAAAUGAGUGUCCACACCAGAUAGUGUUCCAAGUCUACAGUACAUAACCCCACCCCUAUUUAGCUACAGAAACAAUCACACACAUACCAUGCAUACGUUCCAUACCGUGCAUAAGUUCACCCACCCUUUUUUAAAUGGAAUAGGGUGGGGACUUGGGAGGGAUGUCCAUUUACUCAGUCAUACAGGUUCACUGUAGUAGAGAGAGUAAGGAUGAGGAAACUGGUUGGUUUUAGUGCCCAAGUUUCACUUCAGCUGAUAGUCAGUGUAAACUGUGAAGUCUAUUGAACAACCUUGCGCUUUUCUCAACCCCCCUCAUCCCGCUCUUUGAGGGCUAAACCAGUUGAACGGCUAAGCCUAGCAGCAGUGACAGUCUCACCGUGGCUCAUUAUACUAGAAGGAAUGUCAGGCAUUUCAACCUAACCACCGCCCUCCAUCUUUCUUCCGCCCGCCCUCCCACCUAAACAAUACCUUUCAGUGGAAUCAGCUUUAAUAAGCGUUACAUGUGACAAUGUGUUUACGAGGAAGUCAUGUCAUUGUGACAGUAAGACAGCUGGAAUGUAGAAAAAGGAGAAUGACGGAGAGAGAGACAGAGAGAGAGAGGAUGGAGAGAGAGAGAGACAGAGACGAUGGAGAGGAUGGAGAAAGGAUGGAGAGAGACAGAGACAGAGAAAGACAGAGAGAAAGACGGAGAGAGAGAGAGGAUGGAGAGAGAGAGGAUGGAGAGAGGAAGGAGACAGACAGAGACUAGUUUCCCAUCCCUUUUUCUGUUCUGUGAACUAUUGUUCUAUAAAAUACGUUGCAAUACAGUUUGUCUUUGUCUUAAAUAUAUGUCAUAGUAACAUUAAUCCUGUGACAUCGGCUUUGGAAAAAAAUAAGGAUGGGGCUUGCCUGAGUAAUGGUGGAUAAAUGCUUCAAAACAUGCAAACAUUUUUCUUUAGCUAACUAUUUUCUAAUGAGGGUAAACAAACGUUGUAAUUUAUAUGUUGACAAUGUUGGUUCAUAUACAAACACAUUCUAUGUUAGCGUUUUAAUAAACAAACUGUACAAUGUUUAGAUUAAGGGAAUGUAAGGCAUAACAUAUUUUAUUUGAAAUGAACAAACUGCAUGAUUGAUUGUGAUUUGUAUAAGAAAAUAGAAACAAGAUAUCUGUAGAGGGAAAACAGUCACAGUAAAUGUAUCACUCAUACAUCAAAAUGAGUGCUCAUGAAUAAUGGUAAGAGGAAGUGCUGGAAACAUCUCCAUGUUAGAUUGUGUAUCCUCAUUCCACAGAGAGAAGAAAUGUGUGCUGCUCUCUAUUGGUGAAGAGAGGUACUGAAGCCAGGCAAAAAUGGAGUACAGAAAGUUCUAGAAAAGGUGAGUGUUCACAGAUCCUCAUACAGGCCUACAGACAUUAUGAGAGAACACACUCAUUUCAAAGGCUCAUACCCCCAGUUAGUAUUAUGGGCCAAAAAAUAUAUGUGAGUUUGAAAGAAAACUUGUUUACCUAAAGAACAAGACUUAAGACACUGGUGAGAAUAUGAAACACAGUCCGUCCCUUGGGGUUGAAUCUUAACUUGAGAACUGUACACAUAACUGCCAGCUUAAAUGUUUUUCAACCAUUGACAUCAGUGCAUUAUUUAUGUGCAUAGAUCUCAAGUUAGGAUUUAGCCGUGAGGUUCCAUACCACUAGCCUUGAAUCCAAACUGAUAUUAUCCAUUUCACCAUUGUUUCACAGAGCAUAUCAGUAUGGUUUCUAGGCUACCAUAUUGCAGGUAUAGCCAUCAGGCUCCAUGACGUAGAUGAGGAUAGCUCGCCACCGUGCGUCUGAUCCCGUCCCUUAGACUAACCACAGGCUUGUACCCCAUGUCCUGCUUGGCUCUGGAGCAGCUGUAGAAGUGGUGUGUACCUGCCAGGGCCACCCUCAUGGGGGUGAAGGUGGGCUUGAAAGCCACUAGGGGGCGUAGUAACAGAGACAGCAGCCACAGCAGCAGAGCUAGCCCGUAGACUAGUGUGUAGGGAAGGUGGUAGCGCGGCGCAGCAUAGCCCAGACCUACUAGAAUAUCUGACAUGAAGUCCCAGAACCGGACAGGCUCGUCAUUAGUGAUGUGGUACGCCUGGAGGGGGAGGAAGACCAGUCAAUACGGAUUGAGAAAAUUGACAGAGUUAGGGUAAGACAUUCCUAUUCAUUCUCUGUAGCCAUACAUUGGCUAGAACCUAAUCUUGUCCACCAGCCACCUCAUUCUUUUUGGAACCGUCUGGUUUCACAGCGCCUCAGAAAGGGACUUGAAUGGAGCCUAUGGCAGGAGCGGGAAGAAAAUCUAGCGGGAGUUUAUUGGCUGAUCUCUCAGUCCAUCACCAUCUGGCACAGGAAUGGGCAACUUUGAUGGGGGUGGGGCCACAACAAAUCAGAACUCAUCAUGGGUCUGCGUACUAUAUGAUAUAAUAUCUGAUUCAGACUGACUAACAAAAUCAAUAGGGCCCCCCCGGCCAGUAAUAAAAAGUUUAGAUAACUGGUCACUAAACUAACUUAGCAAUCUAAAAAAAAAAAUAGCUGACAUGGGCUAAUUGACUGACAUAAGAGAAAAACUGCAGAUGCACAACCAAAUUUCGAAAUUGCACUUUCUAACUCGCAACUGUAAGUUGCGACCCCGACUGAGUUCCCCCAAAAAAGUUGCCGAUCCCUGAUACAGCAUAACCCUUAGAACCUCCCCUCUACAUUGUGGAUAUCAAAGUGCAAGCAGUGCAAGUGAUUUACUGUAGGCUAAACAAGGAAGUGAGUUCAGGAAAUCGGAAAGUACAGCACCAGUCAAAAGUUUGGACACACCUACUCAUUCAAGGGUUUGUCUUUAUUUUUACUAUUUUCUACAUUGUAGAAUAAUAGUGAAGACAUAAAAACUAUGAAAUAACACAUAUGGAAUCAUGUAGUAACCAAAAAAGUGUUAAACAACUCAAAAUAUUUUAUAUUCUUCAAAGUAGCCACCCUUUGCCUUGUUGACAGCUUUGCACACUCUUGGCAUUCACCUGGAAUGCUUUUCCAACAGUCUUGAAGGAGUUCCCACAUAUGCUGAGCACUUGUUGGCUACUUUUCCUUCACUCUGCGAUCAAACUCAUCCCAAACCAUCUCAAUUGGGUUGAGGUCGGGGGAUUGUGGAGGCCAGUUCAUCUGAUGCAGCACUCCAUCACUCUCCUUCUUGGUCCAAUAGCCUUUACACAAUGUGUUGGGUCAUUGUCCUGUUGAAAAACAAAUGAUAGUCCCGAUUGGCGCAGUGGUCCAAGGCACUGCAUCUCAGUGCUUGAGGCGUCACUACAGACCCCCUGGUUUGAUUCCAGGCUGUAUCACAACCGGCCGUGAUUGGGAGUCCCAUAGGGCGAUGCACAUUUGGCCCAGCGUCGUCCGGGUUUGGCCGGUGUAGGCCAUCAUUGUAAAUAAGAAUUUGUUCUUAACUGAAUUGCCUAGUUAAAUAAAGGUUAAAAAAAAAUAUAUAAUAAUAAUAAGCGCAAACCAGAUGGGAUGGCAUAUCGCUGCAGAAUGCUGUGGUAGCCAUGCUGGUUAAGUGUGCCUUGAAUUCUAAAUAAAAUCACUGACAGUGUUACCAGCAAAGCACCCCCAAACCUCCUCCUCCAUGCUUCACGGUGGGAACCACACAUGUGGAGAUCGUCCGUUCACCUACUCUGCAUCUCACAAAGACACAGCGGUUGGAACCAAAAAUCUCAAAUUUGGACUCAUCAGACCAAAGGACAGAUUUCCACCGGUAUAAUGUCCAUUGCUCAUGUUUCUUGGCUCAAGCAAGUCUCUUCUUCUUAUUGGUGUCCUUUAGUAGUGGUUUCCUUGCAGCAAUUAGACCAUGAAGGCCUGACUCACGCAGUCUCCUCUGAACAGUUGAUGUUGAGAUGUGUCUGUUACUUGAACUCUGUGAAGCAUUUAUUUGGGCUGCAAUGUCUGAGGCCGGUAACUCUAAUGAACUUAUCCUCUGCAGCAGAGGUAACUCUGGGUCUUCCUUUCCUGUGGCAGUCCUCAUGAGAGCCAGUUUCAUCAUAGUGCUUGAUGGUUUUUGCGACUGCACUUGAAGAAACUUCUUGAAAUUUUCCGGAUUGACUGACCUUCAUUUCUUAAAGUAAUGAUGGACUGUCAUUUCUCUUUGCUUUUUUGAGCUGUUUUUGCCAUAAUAUGGCACACCUGUUAAUUGAAAUGCAUUCCAGGUGACUACCUCAUGAAGCUGGUUGAGAGAAUGCCAAGAGUGUGCAAAGCUGUCAUGAAGGCAAAGGAUGGCUACUUUAAAGAAUCUAAAAAGUAAAAUAUAUCUUCGAUUUGUUUAACACUUUUUUGGUUACUACAUGAUUCCAUAUGUGUUAUUUCAUAGUUUUGAUGUCUUCACUAUUAUUCUACAAUGUAGAAAAUUGUAAAAAGAAAAGAAAAACCCUGGAUUGAGUAGGUGUCCAAACUUCUGACUGGUUCUGUAUGCAUCUUAGAACUAGUUUUCACAUAUAAACUUUAUAUGCCCAAACUCAAUUAAUUGAGCUUCCCAAAAAUAACCCUAACCCAUAAAUAAUAUGGCCGCUGUGAUGGAACAUUAAUUUGAAUUGCCGAAUUUCAGAAUUUUUCCAAGUCCCAUCUAAUACAGCUGUAGCAGGCUCUCCCUCUCCCGCCUCGAUUUUAGCCCACACCCCUUUCAAGUCCCACUUUGUUGCACUGUAUUUCCAGGCUCUAUAUCGACAGCUUGGGACUAUAAAGGUUCUAUCUGCAUUUUUUGGUGAAAUUGAGUAAUUGACAUAACCUUGUUCUGUUCAAUGUUCUCUACCUAUAUAGUGCUCUAAAUACCUCAAUUUAUGUUGUUAAGUUCAAAAUAAUUUCUGUUCAAGUUCUGAAUAUGCAAUUGAGGACGCCGUUUGUUAGAACCAAUGUUCCCUCAAAAAAAUGUGAGCAAAUGUAAGGUCUGCUGAGUGCAAACUUGAAGGUUAUGAAAUUCUGUGCAACUUCCGGCGCGCGAUUACUGUGAACACUGAGGCUGUACCUGCUUUAAGUUACAGUUUUAACAGUGGCCAUUUGAUCAUAAUGUAGGCCGUUCAGAGAGGCCUACCAUCAAAAACAAUAGAGAGAAAUGCAUCCCAUAACAUUUAAAUAUGGAAAUAGCUGUUCUAUCAUUCAGCCUACAGUAGCAGCCAAUGUGUGGUGUUCAAUGUAGGCCUACAUUCCAUGAUACUUUUUUUUUUUUAAUAUGCAGGGCUUGACAUUAACCUGUUUAUCCACUUGUCCUUUAAACAAGGAGGUGACUGAAAAUGGUGUUUGAUGCAAGAAACCUUAACUCCUGAGUGGCGCAGUGGUCUAAGGCACUGCAUCGCAGUGCUAACUGUGCCACUAGAUCCUGGUUCGAAUCCAGGCUCUGUCGCAGCCGGCCGCGACCGGGAGACUCAUGGGCGGCGCACAAUUGGCCCAGCGUUGUCCAGGGUAGGGGAGGGAAUGGCCGGCAGGGAUGUAGCUCAGUUGAUAGAGCAUGGCGUUUGUAACGCCAGGGUUGUGGGUUUGAUUCCCACGUGGGGCCAGUAUUUAAAAAAAUAUGUAUUCACUAACUGUAAGUCGCUCUGGAUAAGAGCGUCUGCUAAAUGACUAAAAUGUAAAUGUAAAUGUAAACCACUUUACAAAAUAAAAUGCAUUAUUAUUCCCAUACCAUUAUUACAGAGAAUCAGACAAAUUAUGCUACGCUCUUCCUCUUGGCUACUUAGCUUAUUCAAGACCAUCUCAAAAUACAACACUGCCCCUUUAAGACAUAAAAAAAAGCUCUUUACUUGACUGGCUUUUCAAAGAUGGCUAGAAACGCACAGGUUUUGUGCUCUUGUAGGAAGCAAUUAUUCCCCCAUUGUUGACUAGAAAUGAGCUAUAACUGGGCUAAUAACUCACUAACUAGCAAAGGAUAUGAACAAAUGUGUACACGUGGUUACAUGCAGCACUCGUUUUGAUCUCAAAACAAGCGCACCUCCUCGCGACCGCUCAUACUGUAGCCUAAACAUUGUCCAGUUCAAAGUGAAAGGCACAGAUCCAUAUAUAGCAAUGGCUAUUUGCAUAUAGGCCUACUGCAGCGCUGAUUGGUUAUGGCGCACCGGUCUGUGUAGAGUACUUGCCUGACUCGUGCCUGUCAAUGCAAUAUAAUCCUACUCCAAUGCGCUCUGCCUGCAAGAAAAUCUCUUGCAUAGUUAGUUUUGUUUCCGUAUGUUACAUUGAAAUUGGCUAACAUUGCGUUGAUUCGAUCACAAUUCCCACAGUAAAGGGAAACGUUGAUAGUGUUAACUAAAGGGGAAAACUCAAGAAAGGUGAGUGAAGUUCAAUCUCGUGCUUCUCUGCAAGGGUGGAUAUUUCUUCUGUGCAGCAGUCCGAUUGAGAGCAGCGCGCCCACGCGUAGUUUAGAGGGAACAUAGGUUAGAACCCAACAAAUAUUGUGUGAGUGCGAAAGGAAUCUCUUUCUUCGAACACAGAACAGUUGACCCUAUUGGUCAUCAUCACACAGUUGCACAGUGCAGGCAGGUCUACCAUAUGAGCUAGGACAUAUAGAGGGUUCCUACCUUGCCACAGAUAGGAGACUCUGGCCUCAGACUCUCAGCUGCCAGGAUGUGUCCAUGAACCACAUUCUCCACAAAAGUGAAAUCCACCAGGUUACAACCAUCACUAGAGACAGAGAGAGAAGACCGAGGCAGAGAGAGAGACAACAUCAACAAGGGCAGCCCCAUAUUUACAUGUACGUCAUUUAGCAGACGCUCUUAUCCAGAGCCACUUACAAAUUGGUGCAUUCACCUUAUGACAGCCUGUGGGACAACCACUUUACAAUUUAAUAUUUUGCUAAUUUUUUAAUUCAUAAUUUAUUUGUUUUAUAUAUAUAUAUAUAAAGAAUCUCAAAAGUAAAAUAUAGUAGAAGGAUUACUUUUAUACUAUCCCAGGUAUUCCUUAAAGAGGUAGGGUUUCAAGUGUCUCCAGAAGGUGGUCAGUGACUCCACUGUCCUGGCGUCGUGAGGGAGCUUGUUCCACCAUUGGGGUGCCAGAGCAGCGAACAGUUUUGACUGGGCUGAGCGGGAACUGUGCUUCCGCAGAGGUAGGGGGACCAGCAGGCCAGAGGUGGAAGAACGCAAUGCCCUCGUUUGGGUGUAGGGACUGAUCAGAGCCUGAAGGUAAGGAGGUGCCGUUCCCCUCACAGCUCCAUAGGCAAGCACCAUGGUCUUGUAGCAGAUGCGAGCUUCAACUGGAAGCCAGUGGAGUGUGCGGAGGAGCGGGGUGACGUGAGAGAACUUGGGAAGGUUGAACACCAGACGGGCUGCAGCAUUCUGGAUGAGUUGUAGGGGUUUAAUGGCACAGGCAGGGAGCCCAGCCAACAGCGAGUUGCAGUAAUCCAGACGGGAGAUGACAAGUGCCUGGAUUAGGAUCUGUGCCGCUUCCUGUGUAAGGUAGGGUCGUAUUCUGCGAAUGUUGUAGAGCAUGAACCUACAGGAACGGGUCACCGCUUUGAUGUUAGCGGAGAACGACAGGGUGUUGUCCAGGGUCACGCCAAGGUUCUUUGCACUCUAGGAGGAGGACACAACGGAGUUGUCAACCGUGAUGGCGAGAUCAUGGAGCGGGCAGUCCUUCCCCGGGAGGAAGAGCAGCUCUGUCUUGCCAAGGUUCAGCUUGAGGUGGUGAUCCGACAUCCACACUGAUAUGUCUGCCAGACAUGCAGAGAUGUGAUUCGCCACCUGGUUAUCAGAAGGGGGAAUGGAGAAGAUGAAUUGUGUGUCAUCUGCGUAGCAAUGAUAGGAGAGACCAUGUGAGGAUAUGACAGAGCCAAGUGACUUGGUGUAUAGAGAGAAUAGGAGAGGGCCUAGAACUGAGCCCUGGGGGACACCAGUGGUGAGAGCACGUGGUGCGGAGACAGAUUCUCGCCACGCCACCUGGUUGGAGCGACCUGUCAGGUAGGACGCAAUCCAAGAGUGAGCCGCGCCGGAGAUGCCCAACUCGGAGAGGGUGGAGAGGAGGAUCUGAUGGUUCACAGUAUCAAAGGCAGCAGAUAGGUCUAGAAGGAUGAGAGCAGAGGAGAGAGAGUUAGCUUUAGCAGUGCAGAGAGCCUCCGUGACACAGAGAAGAGCAGUCUCAGUUGAAUGACCAGUCUUGAAACCUGACUGGUUUGGAUCAAGAAGGUCAUUCUGAGAGAGAUAGCAGGAGAGUUGGCUAUAGACGGCACGCUCAAGAGUUUUGGAGAGAAAAGAAAAAAGGGAUACUGGUCUGUAGUUGUUGACAUCGGAGGGAUCGAGUGUAGGUUUUUUGAGGAUGGGUGCAACUCUCGCUUUCUUGAAGAUGGAAGGGACAUAGCCAGUGGACAAGGAUGAGUUGAUGAGUGAGGUGAGGUAAGGGAGAAGGUCUCCGGAAAUGGUCUGAAGAAGAGAGGAGGGGAUAGGGUCAAGCGGGCAGGUUGUUGGGCGGCUGGCCAUCACAAGUCGCAAGAUUUCAUCUGGAGAGAGAGGGGAGAAAGAAGUCAAAGCAUAGGGUAGGGCAGUGUGAGCAGGACCAGCGCUGUCAUUUGACUUAAUAUGUCGUCAACCUUCUUUUCAAAAUGGUUGACGAAGUCAUCCACAGAGAGGGAGGAGGGAGGGGGAGGAGGAGGAGGAUUCAGCAGGGAGGAGAAGGUGGCAAAGAGCUUCCUAGGGUUAGAGGCAGAUGCUUGAAAUUUAGAGUGGUAAAAAGUGGCUUUAGCAGCAGAAAUGGAGGAAGAGAAUGUAGAGAGUAGGGAGUGGAAAGAUGACAGGUCCGCAGGGAGUCUAGUUUUCCUCCAUUUCCGCUCGGCUGCCCAUAGCCCUGUUCUCUGAGCUCGCAAUGAAUCGUCAAGCCACGGAGCAGGAGGGGAGGACCGAGCCGGCCGGGAAGAUAGGGGACAUAGAGAGUCAAAAGAUGCAGAAAGGGAGGAGAGGAGGGUUGAGGAGGCAGAAUCAGGAGAUUGGAGGGAGAAGGAUUUAGCAGAGGGAAGAGAUGAUAGGAUGGAAGAGGAGAGAGUAGUGGGAGAGAGAGAGCGAAGAUUGCGACGGCACAUUACCAUCUGAGUAGGGGCAGAGUGAGUAGUGUUGGAGGAGAGCGAGAGAGAAAAGGAUACAAAGUAGUGGUUGGAGACUUGGAGGGGAGUUGCAGUGAGAUUAGUAGAAGAACAGCAUCUAGUAAAGAUGAGGUCAAGCGUAUUGCCUGCCUUGUGAGUAGGGGGGACGGUGUGAGGGUGAGGUCAAAAGAGGAAAGGAGUGGAAAGAAGAAGGCAGAGAGAAAUGAGUCAAAGGCAGACGUAGGGAGGUUAAAGUCACCCAGAAUUGUGAGGGGUGAGCCAUCCUCAGGAAAGGAACUUAUCAAGGCAUCAAGCUCAUUGAUGAACUCUCCAAGGGAACCUGGAGGGCGAUAAAUGACAAGGAUGUUAAGCUUGAAUGGGCUAGUGACUGUGACAGCAUGGAAUUCAAAUGAGGAGAUAGACAGAUGGGUCAGGGGAAAAAGAGAGAAUGUCCACUUGGGAGAGAUGAGGAUUCCUGUGCCACCGCCGCGCUGACCAGAUGCUCUCGGGGUAUGCGAGAACACAUGAUCAGACGAGGAAAGAGCAGUAGGAGUAGCAGUGUUUUCUGUGGUAAUCCAUGUUUCCGUCAGCGCCAAGAAGUCGAGGGACUGGAGGGUGGCAUAGGCUGAGAUGAACUCUUGCCUUGUUGGCCGCAGAACGGCAGUUCCAGAGGCUACCGGAGACCUGGAACUCCACGUGGGUCGUGCGCGCAGGGACCACCAGAUUAGAGAGUGGUAGCAGCCACGCGGUGUGAAGUGUUUGUAUGGCCUGUGCAGAGAGGAGAGAACAGGGAUAGACAGACACAUAGUUGACAGGCUACAGAAAAUGGCUACAAUAAUGCAAAGGAGAUCAGAAUGAAAUGAACUAAGCAUCUGGGAAAGCGAGAGAGCGGGGCCUCCUUCACUUACGUUUCACUGAAACACUCAAAUACUGUAGAACUCUCCCAACUUCCACUUUAGAUUAAUAGACUUUAGUUAGUGUCUGGUCUAUCAGCGAUGUUACCAAACAGACUAGUUCUGUCUCUUGCCUCUAGUUAGUGUCUGGUCUAUUAGCGAUGUUACCAAACAGACUAGUUCUGUCUCUUACCUCUAGUUAGUGUCUGGUCUGUUAGCGAUGUAUCAUAUCCAUAAAACUUUAACUUUGGUUGAUCCCACUAUGUCUAGGGAAGAGUCCAUGUUUCAUUCCAGUCCUGUGUAUGACUGACUGACCCGAUGAUGAACUUCAUCUUGCCCCUGCGUGCCGUGUCGACCAGGAUGGGCACCAGCUGGGGGUCCCGGGGGCCGAAGAUACCGUGAGGUCGGAUGGCCACCGUCAGGAGACCCUUCUCUUUGUCACAGGCCUUCAGAACCAGCUGAGACACCACAGAGAGACAAGAUGCAGAUAGAGGAGAACAUUACUUAUUUAAUGUGGAGCUGAUGUGGAGCAUGUAGAGUGUAUGUUACAUGUAUGGAUAGGUCAGCAUCAAUGUCUUAAUGUGUAGGCAAGUUCUCCCCCCUAGCAAUGCUCUGGUACCAUUAACAUAACUUUGAUAAGGCUAUUCUACAAAAUAAACAAGCUUCCUCACCUUCUCCUGUUCUAUCUUGGUCUCUGUGUAGUAGUGUCCUCACCUUCUCCUGUUCUAUCUUGGUCUCUGUGAAGUGGUGUCCUCACCUUCUCCUGUUCUAUCUUGGUCUCUGUGUAGUAGUGUCAUCACCUUCUCCUGUUCUAUCUUGGUCUCUGUGUAGUAGUGUCCUCACCUUCUCCUGUUCUAUCUUGGUCUCUGUGUAGUGGUGUCCUCACCUUCUCCUGUUCUAUCUUGGUCUCUGUGUAGUAGUGUCCUCACCUUCUCCUGGCACCUGCUCCUGACACUGGCACUGCUGGUCAAUACCACUUUCUAUAGUAGACAGGCAGAAAAACACCUUAACUGUUAGUCCCCUUUACUGACUAUCUAUUUACUAGAUCAGUAAUUACAUUAAAGAAGGGAGAAUGUCCAAGUAUUUUAACAGAGCAUUUCUUUCAUUGAAUUGAGUCUGUCUUUAUUGUAAUAUAUUGUAUGACAGGCCUGUCUGUCUAGUAGUAACUCUAUACUGCCCCCUACCUGUACUCCGGCCUCGGUGCAGGCCUGUAGGACAGUCUGUGUCCCCUGGAUGUUGACUCUCUGAAACAGAGCCUUGUCAUCACUGGCUGGGGCUGGAGAGGCACAGUGGAACACCAGGGAGACAUCUUGGAGGGCUGUUAGGAGAGCCUGGGAUAGGGACACACAAUGAUGCCCAGAUGCAGACACACACAAGCACACACGAAGACACACACAGGCCUAACAUGUACACACAAGGCACAAAGGCCAUAGACCCUAACAAGGCCCCAACCAGCUCAGUGCACAGACUCUUCAUAUACAGACAGACAGACUCACCUGUUUGUCACAGAGGUCUCCCUGGUGGAAGGUGACUCCAGGUAGUUCGUAGCUCUGUCUGAUGUCAAACACUGACACAGUGUAGCCCUUAUCCAAGAGCUUCUCUACCAGGUGUCUACCCAGGAACCCAGAGCCUCCUAUCACUGCACACCGCUUACUGCUCUGUAAAGGGACAACAUUCAGUAAAGACAGACAGACACAAAAAGACACACUAUGAUACAAUGAAACUGACAACCAUUAGACAUAUGAGAAGAACAAAUAAAUAGCCUAAGCAUGUGGCACAUAGCUCAGAAUUGUAUAUGUUCUUCAACCUACUGCGCACUCACCGGUCGUAUGCGCGUGGCCAUGGCGAACUGCAGGUGAGUCGUCGGUGUUGGAAGCCAAACUGACAGAGAAAUUUGAUUAUUUGGUUAAAGUUCCCUCGUUCGAAAACAGUUUGACAAGAUGUCACAUGGACAAUUGAAGCAUGAUGAAGACUACAAGCAAACACCUUUAGGCUAUUUCAAGACAAGUUUACAAUAUAAAGACACACUAAUAUGCUUUCAAAAAAGUGAAAAUGUUUCAUCUGUUUUGCAACAAUAUAAACGGACCCGCGCACAAAUAUAAUAAACCCUGUAUCUGCUGAGCGCGAGAGGCGCUCUCGUUGGGUGGACGGAAGUUUGGGUGGAAAGGGGACAUGCUCGAACAGCCAAUGGAGUGGAGCUACGUCAAAGAACGCCACUGCUCUGACCAACCGGGACAUAGUCACAGUGAGACCACACCCACAGCGGGUAGCUAUAGGAGUGUAAACGCCCCUAAACCUGAUCCUGUAUCCGUUUUUAUAUUUCACACACCUCGGUUUCAGAUCAGUUGGCGCACGGAGAACAGAUUCUGGAUCAGAGCUUCAACGAUCAAUCCAGCCAAUUGUCGUAUAGAGUUUUAUACCACAUGUCCUCAACAACCAAUUAUCUUCUCGCCCGACUAGAUGCACUCGAUUUAGCUUGCUCGGCACGUUUAUACGAAUUGUUUCCAUUCUGAAUGUGCCAAUUUGUAUCCCCGGCAGGCAGAAUGAGCUAAAUCGAGUGCGCAUUCACGGGCACUGAUCAAAAUGACGAUAGCACAGACAGAAUACUGCGUUCAUUGACUGGAAAUCUUCAUUUUAUUUUCUUAAUUUCGUAACCAAAAAUUAUAUUAACCAUAUUAUAACAUUGUGAUAUGCUCGACUGAUAAUAACUGUAUAUCUGUUAUUGCAGACCCUGUAAUAAACGGUCCGGUUUUCUGUCUAUGAUCUCAUCCCUGCCUGGAUGAUAGGAGGAGAGAGAGGAGCGACAGCAACACAUUAGACAGAGCACUCUUCAGUAAAUCUACGGUUCUCUUGUUGCUGUCUUCGCGAAUGAUCAUCUGAAAUGGUGAGUAGGCUAAUGCUGGAGCGCAAUUAACGGUUUUGCAAUUUACAUUUUAGUCAUUUAGCAGACGCUCUUAUCCAGAGCGACUUACAGUUAGUGAGUGCAUACAUUUUUCAUACUGGCCCCCCGUGGGAAUCGAACCCACAACUCUGGCGUUGCAAGCGCCAUGCUCUACCAACUGAGCUACAGGAGGCCCAUUCUGUUUUGAUACUCCUUGUGCUUCUGCUACAAAUGACAAAAGGCCUCCAUACACUGAGGCUACCACAACCGGUAUUAACCGUAACUGGCUGUGCGAUAGGAAUACUAGGCUUGCUUAUUAUUCACUCAUUUGAAGCAAGUGCAUAUUAUCUGAUAGGGCUAAUAAUGGGAUGUAAAUAAUCAGAAUGAAAAAAGUAAUGAUGCAUUUUUUCCCAUGUCUAUGCUAGCCUUCUAUUGCCGGCUAUCUGUAAAUAAUCAGCUAUAGUGCUAGUCAUGAUCUCCCUAUUUAUGCCAUGUUUCCCCCAGGCUAUCAGACUUUUACAUUGAAAUGGCCCUAUGCAGAUACAAGAUGAUUUGUCUAUAAAGAUCAAUUGAAAUCACACCCUUCUAAGGCUUUCCCUGUCUCUUUAUCUCCUGGCUGUAUUUCAAUAUUCUGACAUAGCUGGACUGAAGGAGAUUAGACAAGGAAUCCACUUAAGACCAUUGAGAUGCACCCAUCAAGCCUUAAUGUGUUUUCUUGUUGCCAUCGCUAGGCGACCAGUGUAAAGAGGCCGUCCCUGGGUCCGGUCCCUCCCCCCAGGAAGAAGUCCAGCCCCAAGCCGGAGCUCACUGAGGAGCUGAAACAGGAGAUCAGAGAGGCCUUCGAACUGUUCGACACCGACGCCUCCGGACACAUCGACGUCAAGGAGUUAAAGGUCAGGGGUCAGAGGUUAGGGGUUAUGCACAGGGACAAUGUUUGUGUAACGUGAUGUACUACAGUACCCAUAAUGCUUAGUAAUACAGUGUCGGUCAACAAAGAUAGUCCUGGGGAGCUACGGGGUGGUCAAGCGUUUGUUCCAACUCAGCACUAACACACCUGGUUUUAACCAACUCAUCUGUUUCUAUCUAUCUAUCUAUCUAUCUAUCUAUCUAUCUAUCUAUCUAUCUAUCUAUCUAUCUAUCUAUCUAUCUAUCUAUCUAUCUGUUUCUCUCUCUCUCUCUCUCUCUAGGUUGCUAUGAGGGCGCUGGGGUUUGAGCCAAAGAAAGAGGAGAUUAAGAGGAUGAUAAUGGAGGUGGAUAAGGAUGGAACAGGAAAGAUCUCCUUCUCUGAUUUCUUCACCGUCAUGACUCAGAAGAUGGUAAGAAAAACAACAUAGUGAAUAAAUAAUGUCUGUUUUUGUCAUAAAUAAUUUACACUGUCAGUGUUUAACAUUGUAAGCUAAAACAUAAACAAAGAGAGUUGCACACACUACAUAUAAACACCCAAUAAUUUAUUGGGUAAACCACCACCGUUUCGGCAUCACUGUGCCUUCUUCAGGGUGAUGUCAUGAAUGCUUGAACCAGGUUAUGUAGACAAACUGCGCAAUUAGUUCAACCAAUGACAAUAGUGAGGAGUGUGUCAUAAUUAUUAGGUUAAUUAGAAUAAAUUGAGUGAAACUGUUAAAAGACAAUGGUUUACAGUGUGGUUACUACAUGAUUCCAUGUGUUAUUUCAUCGUUAUUCUACAAUGUAGAAAAUAGUAAAAAUAAAGAAAAAUCCUUGAAUGAGUAGGUGUUCUAAAACCUUUGACCGGUAGUGUAUAUAGAGUAUUUUGUUGUAUUACAGGGUAUUUUAGUAAUAUUGUAUCACCAUGCAGUAAUAUUGUAUCACCAUGCAGUAAUAUUGUAUCACCAUGCAGUAUUGUGUUAUUGUAUUGUGUUACAGUGUGUUGUAACUGUUACUGUCUACCCACCCAGGCUGAGAAGGAUUCAAAGGAGGAGAUCCUGAAAGCAUUCCGUCUGUUUGAUGAUGAUGAGACGGGGAAGAUCUCCUUCAGGAACCUGAAGAGGGUCGCUAAAGAACUAGGAGAGAACCUGACUGACGAGGAACUGCAGGUGAGACAUACACAUGGACAGCACUGUACACACACACACACACACACACACACACACACACCUGGACAGCACUGUACACACACACACACACACACACACAUACAUGGACAGCACUGUAUACACACACACACACACACACAUACAUGGACAGCACUGUAUACACACACACACACACACACACACACACACACACGGACAGCACUGUAUACACACACACACACACACACCUGGACAGCACUGUAUACACACACACACACACACACACACACACACACACACACACACACACACACACACAUACAUGGACAGCACUGUAUACACACACACACACACACAUACAUGGACAGCACUGUAUACACACACACACACACACACAUGGACAGCACUGUAUACACACACACACACACACACACAUGGACAGCACUGUAUACACACACACACACACGGACAGCACCUUUGCCCCACACCUGGAGAGCACUGUACACACACGUGAACAUACAGGAUGAUAUGGGAUAGGAUAGAAGAGCUUUAUUUUGUCAAGAAAAAUAUACUGGUCUACUGCUAAGGCUUCAGUUUAAUUGUUUACUGUGAAUCUGCCAUCCUCCCUUCCCCUGUUCCCUGCUUCCUCUCUCCUCCGUUCCCAUCCCUCUCCCCCCCCUCCAUCCCUCCCCUCCUUCCCUCCCCUCCUUCCUCCAUCCCUCCCCUCCUUCCUCCACUCCUCCAGGAGAUGAUCGAGGAGGCAGACAGGGAUGGAGACGGAGAGGUGAACCAGGGAGAGUUCCUACGCAUCAUGAAGAAGACCAGCCUGUACUGAGACUGGACCAGGGUGUUGUGGGGUAGAGGGUGGUGUUGGGGACAUACAGGGGCAGAGGAGACUGUGGGUUGGUUUUACAUGUUAUGUACUAGUCAAGUCAUUACUCAGUUAUCCUGUCCUAGUUUAAUUAGACAACUUCCUUUCCUCGUCUCCUUCCUUACUGUCACGACCACUCAUCAGUUAGUCUUUAUAGCGCUCUGUCUGUCUCUUAGUUAGAAUGCUGGUAGAGUCCCAAAACAGUGCUUUCAUCUAUCAAUACCCUUUCACCUUUCAUAUCUGUUAUCGUGAAGGUAAAUGGGACAAGGACAGGAAGCUGUUUAAGAAGACUAGGAUCAGAUACUGCACACAGAAAGAUGCCAAACAAUCAUUUCCAUUCCAGAACCUCUACUCUUCUCUCCUUCAUGUAGAUAGAUUUAUGUGACGUCAAGGAUUUGCCUAAAAGAAUCGCCUUGCUCAAACUGAUCCCCUUAAACACGUUGCUUGUCUUCGUGCCUGAGUCUCUACCAGAGGGUAUGAAUCAUCAGUUUCAGGGAAGACCCCACCUCCUCUACCCCUAGUCAGCCCCUCCCCUCCAACACCCACCUUGAAUCUAUUUGAACUCUAAUCUAAAGUUGUGAAAGUUGACUGUAUUUUUCUUAUUCGUAUUGUUGUAUUUUUGUCUCUUUGAAUUAUCUACAGUAUGAUCUCCUGUAUUCUGUGUUUUGUACGUAUAAACUG